AUGCCAACCGCCAACCGCAGACUGAGAUCAUGCCUGACAGCACCUAUGAGAGCGGAGCGCGCGUUUCGCCGAGUGCUGUCUAGCGCCUUCUUGCGUUUAUCCAAAGCGAUAGCUCCUGGUGCUCCGUAUCGCUCACGCUCGCCGCGAUCAUCGGCACCACCUUCACCAGGCUCCGCCGCGCCACAGCUGCAGGUCUUAGCUGGAUCCAGCGCAUCCUCGUAUACCACACGCUCGACAGCAUCGACAUCGGCUCGUCAUAUUCCUCCAACAAUCCAUCCCACCUGGCCGUAUCCGUCAUCAUACGGCUCCCAGACAACACCCUUCGCGCCUGUCGAUCUGCGCACAUGGACGCCACCACCAUACCCAGCUCCCUCGAUACCCUACGCUCACGAACUUGACGAUCCACGUGCCUCGCUUCGUACCCAUGGCCCCUACGCGUUACAUACCCUUGGUCAACCACACGCGCCUACAUUCGCGGCCGCUCACGAUGCCCCUCCUCUCUUACCGCCAACCUACACUUCGCACUCGGACUACGACAUGACGCUCCAAGACGCAUUCCCAGCCCUUAGCAGUUCAUCCCAAGACUCCCUUCAAGACCCGACGACCUUUCGAUCACCCGCUUCGACAACAGUAACACCGCAACAACACGCGUUUGCUCUCCAAGCCUUCGUACCCUCGCCGACUCAACGACGACUCCGAGCCCCAACACCGCCAACUAUAAGUCCCAGAGUACUGCUGGGUGAGAUGGGCGUGGAUGUGUUCAUCAAUCCCGAUGAGAUCGAGGGACCUCUGGGUGCCACGAGAACGCCGCGAGGUUCUCCGAGGGUGUCUCCGUAUGCGAGGCACUCGCCGCAAUCAAGGAGGGUCCCCGCGAGGAGAGCGAUGUCUUUGCCGGAGAGCACUGGCGGGGAAGACGCAGCUGGAUCAGUCGCAGUUCCGCUAAAUCAGAGCGAUGCAUAUGGCUCUCCACCGCCCGUGCCCAUUCGCGAGACCGUGGAUUUGUCAGGCACACCGAGCGGCGAGGAGUUCAACGCGCACUAUGAGUUGCAAGAACACGAUGUUGCAUCCGCGGCAUCGACUUGGCUGCGUUCGCCCUUGCGGGAGACAUCUGCCUCUGGUGGCGUGACGACCGUCAAUGAACCGAUGGCGCCUCCCGCCCCACCCACUCGUUCGAUUGUUGAUCUACCUGAUACACCCACCGACAGGCACUUUGAAGUGCAAGAGGAGGCUGAGAGCGUUGGAGAUCAAGAGGGCGGCGCAUUGCAGUUCAUCCCGGUCGACGAUGCAGACGGACAAGAUGACGACAUGUUGGACCAAUCACUUAUUUCGGUCGGGAGCGACGAGCUCGCCGCGUUCGGAGAUAGCACUUCUCUUCACGCACAGGAUGGAGUUAACGUUGCUGAGGAAGAUGGCUCGUAUGCUACGGAAGUACCUGAUGCGCAGGAUAACUACAUCCACGUGGAUGACCUGCACGCCUUGGCCGACUCGAUUCAUAUGCCGCUGCCGGAGCACAGUACAGCCGCCGACACCCUUGGUGCUUUCGGCCACACCGUUGCGGGACUGCAAGACGGUCUCGGAGACGCUUACUAUUGUGUCACAUCGGUGCAAAGAGACCUUCAACGUCUGCAGGACGGGGGCCUUGAUGCUCCCUCACUUCAACAAGCGCUUGGGCCCAUCAUCUCUCGCCUCAAGAACGCGGCGACGAAGGUCAAUGGCCGCCAUUCGCACUUGAUUCGCGAUCCUGCUACCGUGAUUGUAUAG